GAUCAAUCACAAUACGCAGCGGCAGCGCACGUUCCACUCAUAAAGUCACCAGGUCUUCGAGUUCCUCCACCUGUACAUCUACCACCAGACAUCCACCCUCUCCCGGAUAGCUUCGUCUAUCCAUACACACUAGAACCUCACAUCCUCACAGUCGAGUCUUCUCGGCGCAUGACACUCGCGGCACAUACUGCGAGAAGGGAGGCAUAUCUUCGAGCAAGAGAGGAUGAGCGUGAAUGGCGGAGAAAGGAGGCACUCAGGCGUGUCGCACCGGGUUUUGAUCCUGCGGCGACCCUUGUGCCUGUUCGUGCCGAAACUGGUGAGGUCAAGACGGAUGUGAUGGAUCAGCUUGUGGACCAGCUUGCUAGGAUGGAGAAUGGCAGUUGA